CUGUAUUUCACUUUUGCUUCUCUAUUGUUCUUUCCCUCUUUUUUCUUCUUUUACUCUAGAACUGGAAGGAGGAAUUGCCGGUACCCCCCGAAAUAUAACCGAGUUCUUUCACACCUUGCGACAACCUGCGAUGUCUGCGAUCCGGAUGAUACCUUGAUUGUGCCCACGAUGGCGUCGAGCAGCCACGACCGCGGCAAUCCUGACGACGAUGGUCCUCCGCGCCAGUCCAUCCCCCUUCAGAAUCUCUCACGGCCGGCGGAGAUCCCCCUAGCAGAAGAUCGUGGCGUAGGGCGCAGGAGCAGCGUGGGGAGCAGAUUUUCUCCGAGACGAUCUCUUCGAAGACCAUCAUCAUCGCGGAAUUAUGAGAGGGUCGCAGAAGAUUCUCCGAUUGAACCAUCCGCGGCGGCGACAAACCCACGCUCCUACCCCCUUCGCGAAGAAGAUGAGCAUUCCAUUGAAGACCCCGCAGCAUUCGCCUUUGCGUCUGUCGGACUCAGUUUUGGUGAUCCUCAGCCUCAGUCUGAACGGCGCAGUCGGGACGAGGGCGGGUCGGAGUUCGAUAUCAUACCGCUAGGCCCCUACAGCUACAAUGACCCCGACUACUAUUUCUCUCCUACCGAUAUACGCGAGGAUGAAGCCCCAUUGACGGCUCAGAGGAACAUUCAGCCAAUAAGUGGGGUUCACGGUUCUUCGGAUGGCGCCCCAGAUGACCGAAGCAGUGUACACAACGUCAACUUUGCGACCAGUCGUACGCAGUCGGCGCGGUUAGGCGAUGAUCUACCACACUUGGAGAACGGAAUGGGCCCAAGGGGUCGCGGCAGUAGCGGGGGUACCGAGCGGUCGCGUUCGUUGUCCCCGUCGGCUUCGGGCUCUGCCUUGCAACGCGCGAGUUCGAUGAUGAAGAAUAUGUCGCAGCGUGUUGUCAACUUAAGUAACGAACCAGAAGUCGUCGAGCAAUCAAUACAGAGGGAAGAAUCCUACAAGAAUGCGCGCUUGGACAAGCCCCCAACACUGCCUAAUCUAGCGGACUAUGCUCAUGAUGCACCGUCUAGCAGCUCUCAAGCCGGCGGCCAAACACCCAAUAACAAGCACUCACCAUAUGCAACGUGGUGGAAGCAUAGUAACCCACUGAAAGGGAAAUCGCUCGGGCUACUGGGACCAAACAACCCUAUCCGGGUGCGCUUAUGCGACGUGCUGGUCCAUCCAUUUACAGAACCCUUCAUUCUACUGGUUAUUGUAAUCCAAAUGAUCCUCUUGACUAUUGACUCAGCCAAGUCAGUGGAUGAUGAUCCCCGCCCUCAAAAUUGGGGACAACGGCCUCUUGAUUAUUGCUAUCUUGUUAUCUUCGUGAUCUAUACUUUUGAGCAAACAGCCAAAAUACUGGUAUCGGGUCUCAUAAUAAACCCGGCUGAGUACAGUACUCUGGAUCGCAGCCUCGGUUUCAAGAAUGCAGUGGUUGAGAAGGGGAAAAGUCUAAUCACGCCCCAACGGCAAUUCUCAAUGAAAAAGACUUCAAUGUUUCCAACCGAACCGCAGGCCUCUAUUAUACGAACCUUCACGGGUGGCUUGGAUAAUCAUGAGGUGGAAGAGUUGAUCGAUGAUCCUCUCCAGAGACGACGUGUGAGACUUGCCCAUCGUGCGUUCCUCCGUCAUUCAUUCAACCGGCUCGAUUUUGUCGCCGUGGCUGCAUACUGGGUCUCUUUUGUCCUUCAGAUUUCCGGGGUCGAGUCUCGCCAACAGCUGUAUGUCUUCAGUAUGCUAAGUUGUCUUCGGCUCCUGCGCCUUCUAUCGCUCACGAACGGUACUUCCGUAAUUCUUCGGAGUCUCAAGAAAGCUGCACCCUUACUUGUUCACGUUGGCUUCCUCGUAUCCUUUUUCUGGCUUCUUUUUGCCAUUGUCGGUAUUCAGAGUUUCAAAUCAAGUUUACUGAGAAAUUGUGUCUGGAUAGGCCAAGACGGACAAGAAAACUAUACUCAGGAGGAACAGUUCUGUGGCGGCUGGCUACACGAAAACGGGACGCAAAUGCCAUGGAUCGGGGGUGACGGAACGAAUUCUGGACCCAAGGGGUACAUUUGCCCUGUAGGCUCGAUUUGCAUCGAAAAGGAGAAUCCAAGCGGCGGUACUGUGAGCUUCGACAAUAUUUUUAACUCGUUGGAACUCAUCUUCGUGAUUAUGAGCUCGAAUACAUUCACAGAUAUCAUGUACUAUACCGCGAACAGCGACUAUCUCGCGUCUGCCCUUUUCUUCGCCGUCGGGAUUGUGAUUCUCAGCCUGUGGAUGGUUAACCUCUUGGUUGCCGUGAUUACCCACUCGUUUCAAGUCAUUCGCGAAGAGAGCAAACGAAGUGCCUUUGCUGUCCACAAUAUCGAUGAGCCUGAUAGGGAAGAUUUAUCUGCUCGCAAGAUUAGCAGCCUCAAACGUCUUUAUGACAAGACUGAAUGGUUUUGGGUUAUCGUCAUCGGCUUCGAUCUUAUUGUACAGGCCCUCCGAAGUGCAUCCAUGGAGCACGACCGAGAAGAGUUCAUAAAUACCACUGAGCGCGUUGUCACUUUGGUCUUACUCCUUGAAAUUAUCCUACGUUUUGCAUCGGAUUGGCGCAUAUUUCACACAAGGAAGCGCAACUGGUUCGAUUUAGGACUUGCAGUCAUUACCUCAAUCCUUCAGAUUCCUGCGAUCCGAGACUCUGGCCGUCCGUAUGCCGCCCUCAGUAUCUUCCAAAUCCUUCGAGUGUAUCGCGUCGUCAUGGCGUUUUCGAUGACAAGGAACCUCAUCAUGGUUGUUUUCCGCAAUGUCGUCGGUUUGUUCAACCUUAUCGUCUUCGUGUUUCUGAUCACUUACCUAGCUGCUCUCUUUGCGACGCAACUUUUCCGUGGUCAAAUUCGUAAAGAGGAUGUCGGUGCUACCGCCUCGUUCUCUGAUAUCUACAUUUCGUUCUUGGGAAUGUAUCAGAUUCUGUCUAGUGAAAAUUGGACCGACAUUCUGUACAGUUCAACUGAGAACACAGCAGGUUUUCAUACAGCCUGGAUUUCUGCGACAUUUCUGAUCAUGUGGUUCAUCCUGGCCAACUUUAUUGUUCUGAAUAUGUUCAUUGCUGUCAUUCAAGAGAGUUUUGAUGUUUCAGAAGAUGAGAAACGUCUUCACCAGGUGCGAGCGUUUUUGGAACAAAAGCAGCUCAAUGGAACCUCGCAGGGAAAUCUGGCGCUUUCGAAGAUUUUUAUGUUAGGAAGGAAUUCGGAACGUUACAAGGAUCCUUUGGACCACGGCCCAGCAGCUUUGGAAUUGCUCCUAAAGGACGCUGUCGUACACGAGUUCUUAGACGACCAAACCAGCACGCCUGCCGCAGAAAGCGGCCGACGAGAAAGCGCUCCUCUUGAUGCCAUGGUGGAAGAUCCCGCGCAGCCAAGUUUCUUCUCGCGGAUGUGGACACGGGUUACAAGUUCUAUAAUGCGCCGAGAGCCCAAUCCAUUCUACUCAAAGCUCCAACUUUCGCGAGCAUAUGAAGAAUUGGAUCCGAAAACAAUGGCCCAGGAGGUUGUGACGGCCGCGGAGCAAAGAAAGCGAGCACAGCGAGACUAUCUAGUCAAUCAUCCGAAUUACAACAAGUCACUGUUCCUUUUUAAGCCCAAUCAUCCCAUUCGGAAAUUUUGCCAGCGCAUCGUGGGCCCUGGCCGUGGGCACCAGCGAGUUGAAGGCGUGAACCCCUACAAGCCAGUUUGGUAUGCGUUUUCUGCAUUCAUUUACGCAGCAAUCGUUGCCAUGGUUCUUCUUGCGUGCUAUACAACGCCAAUUUAUCAACGAGAUUAUUUCAUUGAUAAGAGUAAAGGGAAGUGGUUCGUAUACACGGAUAUGGCUUUUGCGAUUCUGUUCACAGCAGAGGCGGUUAUUAAGGUCAUUGCUGAUGGUUUCUUCUGGACACCUAAUGCAUACUUUCGUGGGUCUUGGGGGUUUAUUGACGGUGUUGUCUUGAUUACCCUUUGGAUCAAUGUCGCUAGUUCGUUGAAUCAAGAUUGGGGUGUUUCGAGGGCUAUUGGAGCAUUCAAGGCUCUGAGGGCAUUGAGACUGUUGAACGUCAGUGAUAGCGCUAAGGAUACUUUCCAUUCGGUUAUUGUUGUUGGAGGGUGGAAGGUCAUUUCCGCUGCUGCCGUCUCGAUGAGUUUCUUGGUCCCAUUCGCUAUCUAUGGGGUCAACCUUUUCAACGGUCAAAUGGUCGAGUGCAAUGACGAUGAAUUCGUUGGAGAUUUGGCAAUUUGCGUUAAUGAAUUCAAGAAUAAACCUUCCAACUGGGAAAUCCUGGCACCACGAGCGGCAUCUAAUUCAUGGUUCGAUUUCGACAACUUCGGUGAUGCACUUUUCAUCCUGUUCCAGAUUGUGUCCCAAGAAGGCUGGGUUGAUGUCCAAGAAAGUGCGAUGAAAGUCACUGGGAAGGGUAACCAGCCGCAAGACGGGGCUGCACCGGAGAAUGGGAUGUUAUUUGUGGUGUUCAACUUGCUUGGUGCGGUCUUCGUGUUGACACUCUUUGUGUCUGUGUUUAUGCGCAACUACACAGAACAGACGGGAGUGGCCUUCCUGACGGCCGAACAGCGUUCCUGGCUGGAGCUACGGAAGCAUCUACGACAAGUAUCGCCGUCCAAACGAUCGUUCCAGAAUGACCGCAGCAAGAGCUGGCGAGUUUGGAGCUAUCGCAUUGCAGUAAAGAAGCAUGGUCGAUGGGCGCGAUGUGUGACAACCAUUCUCCUUCUGCAUUUGGCCCUGCUGAUCUUAGAAUUCCACGAUGAGCCACCGAUAUGGGAAGUUAUUAGGCGAAUCCUGUUCUUCUGCUUUACGUUCUUUUACAUUGCCAAUCUUGUCAUUCGGAUGAUCGGGCUCGGCUGGCACCGAUUUAGCAGAAGCUCUUGGGAUCUUUUUGCAAUGCUCGUUGUCCCUGGCACAUUUAUUACGACGAUCCUACAAUUUACCAUGCCGAACAGUCAUGCGAUUGACGUUCUGGGCAAACUCUUUCUGGUAGCCAUCACUCUCAUGCUCAUUCCGCGGAACAACCAGCUCGACCAGCUCUUCAAGACGGCAGCUGCGAGUUUGACCGCGAUCGGCAAUCUCUUGGCCACAUGGUUUGUGUUGUUUCUUGCAUUCGCAAUCGCCAUGAAUCAAGCAUUUGGACUCACCAAGUUUGGUGACGAAGAGGACAACAAUAUCAACUUCCGAGACAUCCCGCGGGCGCUUGUCCUGCUGUUCCGGACGAGUUGUGGUGAGGGGUGGAACGAGCUGAUGGAGGAUUUCGCGACGAUGGAGCCACCGCGGUGCACGUAUAGCGAGGAUUUCUUCAACGAUGACUGUGGUAGUGCGGCAUGGGCACGAUCGCUGUUCAUUGCGUGGAACAUUAUCAGCAUGUAUAUCUUUGUUUCGCUAUUUGUGUCGCUGAUCUUCGAGAGUUUCUCGUAUGUGUAUCAGCGGAGUAGUGGGUUGUACGUGGUCAGUCGGGAGGAAAUCCGGAGAUUUAAACAUGCGUGGGCGACGUUUGAUCCGGAUGGGGUUGGUUUUAUCUCCAAGGAGCAGUUUCCGAGGUUACUUGGGGAACUUUCGGGUGUCUUUGACAUGCGUAUUCAUGAUGGCGCAUAUACUAUUGGACGCAUUCUGGAAAGAUGUAGGGUUGAUCCUCAGAAAUCGCCUCUGGGAAACCGGAGAGUUGUGGAUGGUGUGGACCUUGAUGCAUUGUCGCGGAUCCUCAGCCAGAUGCCGGUCAAAUCAAUCCAAACCCGGCGAGAGCGACUCAACACGUUCUAUGAAGAGGUACUGGUAUCCGCAGACGCGCAGCGUGGGAUCUCAUUCCACUCGUGUCUGAUGAUCCUCGCGCAUCACAACGUGAUCAACGACAGCAAGAGUCUACGGCUCGAAGAAUUCCUCCGUCGUCGCGCGCGAUUGCAGCGUGUGGAAGAGGCCGUGCAGCGCAACACAGUUGUCGGGUUCUUCGAUACACUGUACUGGUCGCGUGAGUUCCGGCGCAAGGUCGAUUCGAAGAAAUCCGCACGCAUGAGCGGGGUACCAACAUUCACAGUCCCGGAGAUCUUCGUCGACGGUGAAUACCACGAUGGCAACCCUGACCAACCGGAUCUCUCGCGCGAUGUCUCAGACAACGUCAGCAGCGACAGCAACUACGGAGGCCGCAACGACAGCGACGAAGACACGCAGCCAAUGCUCUCGCCCACAUUACCUAGAGGCGACACCAGCCCGACAACCGGUACCGGUCGCCACAAUCUCCCACGGAUCGACACCGGCCUGGCAGGCCGCAUGUCCGCCUCCAACUCGCCAGCAACAGAAUGGUCGAGCAUCAGUCCAUCACUGGUUACGGGACGCGGACGCGCCCAUACGACUUCUUCAUACGAUCCGCCGCCGGGACCUAGUACCGAGGACCCUGGAUUAGACACGGAAACGGGAGGAGCUGAGCAUUCGCGACAGCAUGGCGCGAUGAGCGUGAAUGAUGUUAUGCAGUCGUUGGGCAAUUCGGCCUGGGGAGAGAGCAUCCGGCGGAGUUUUACGCAGCGACGAUCGGGAGAUCGGGAUAGUUGAUCUAUGUCUAAGGGUGGUGGUAUUGGGGGGAGUGAUAUGGGGGAAUGAUUAAUGGGAUUACGAUAAUUGGUGAUAAGACGUGGGAUGUCUUCUGUUACUUUUGGCCGGAUGUAUAGUGUGACAAGACCAUUGCAUAGCAGCGGCGUUUUUC